GUUGUCUGUUUUGUUCUGUGUAUUCUUUCUGGUUAUAGUUGAUUUUUUGCACAAAUCUAGGCUUCCAACAACAUAAAUCUUUUAGAUAGUGUUAAAAUUAUCCAUCUGCUAAUAAUUCGGCUCAAAUUUAAUUAUAUAUGUUUGUUUAGAUAAAAUAAAGUGUACCACCAAACCUUGUUCUUCGUCCACAUGCUUAUAUAAUUUGUAGUUGAAUAAAAGUAUGCUGUUUCGUUUGAAUUCUGUUGGAAUUAAAAGCCAACACCAACUACUGCAAUCAACUUGCUCAAAUGCCAUUUGGAGACAUAUAAGCACCGAACUGACCAACGCUUUGCGUCCGUUUUACUUUGCCGUACAUCCAGACUUGUUUGGACAACAUCCGGAACAGCGUAAUGUUAAUGAGAACUCAUUGAAGCUGCUGAGUGCACACAUGGAGUCGUUGUAUGAGCGAAAAUACCAAGCUUUACACGAAACUAAAACGUUGCAGUUUUAUAUACGCGAUGGUAAAGCGACAAAACGUGAUACCUUCAAGUUGAUCAAGGUAACAUUGGAUCGCAAUUCAAAAGAUCCGAAAAUGUUGGUACAGCGUUUGUUGGAAUUAUGCAAUCUUCCAACGGAUUAUGUUAAAAAAAUUAAAUCAAUGCCAGCAACGGCGCCUGCAAGUGCAACAGCAACUGCGGCAGGUUUUUCAUAUGCUACAAGUCCGUUUAAAGGUGGUGGCGACUUUAACUACGGAUCGCAAUUCUCAGGCUUUGAAAACGCUUUCUAUACUACAAAAGAAGAAGAAAAGAAAACAUUGGACUCAUGGCUAAAGAAAAAUGCGCCUUUGGCAAAGGUACGUUCAGCUGAGUUGGAUGACUUAAAAGAGGAGGUAAAAAAGUUACAACAAGCUGUAACAAAGCGUUUGCAACUGAAAGAUAUACGCUACGAUUGUGGUUGGAAUUACGAACAUUUUCGUGGUUGUUUGAAGUCCUUAGAACGCAUGACUGAUUUGCACGCCGAUGCAAUGGGUACGCUGAAGAAUCGUAUUUUAGUUUUUGCCCCAUUCACUGGUGUUAGCUUGGAAGGACACGUUAUGUUGUUUACCGGCGACGUGCUGACAAGUUGGAUCGAUUUCGUAAAGAACAUUCCACAACACGAUGAGUUUCUAAAGCGUAUACCACUCUAUGAGAAUACACUUUCACAAGUUUUGCGUAAUAUAAAAAUCGGUCGUAGGAAAUUUAUGCCAAAGCAACAAGCUCGAGAAUAUGCGGCGCAUUUGAACAAAGUAACUACAACAAUCGGCGAUUAUCUGACUGUAAACAAAUAUCCAAAGUCAUGGCCUGCCACAUUGGCAGCUUAUGAAAUCGUCAUCGAAUCAGAAGCUGGCCCUUUAAUGGUAAAUCCUACAGGUCAACUGAUAGCGCCAGCAACCUGUCCUGGCUUCAUGCUAAUCGACUUUAUCACCACCAACUUGGAUGUGGCGAAAGAGCGCACCGAGAAAUAUCAAACACAAAAAACAGUGGAGCUACAAAUGACGGCACAGUGUAUACAACAAUUACGUUUAAACACUUUGACCAAGGACGAUUCAGUAACACCAGAUAAAAUGAUAGAAACAAUGCAGAAACUAUUAAAGUACGACGAUCGACAAUUUCGAGAACUAAAUUUGCACAUAACAAAUUAUUACUCAGUAUUAACGGACGGUAUAGUUUGCAUACCCUGGGAUUUUACGCCGAGUUAGCGUACGAUUUAAUAUUUAUGUAUGUGUUGGAAUUUAAACGAAAUUAAUACUAACGGUAUAUGUAUUAUAUCUAAAUAUGUAUAUGCAUAUGUAUUUAUGUAACUGCAUGCGUUUUCUCAAUAGUUAAUGAUUUUCUGAUAGCAAAUGACGGAUGUGCCUAAAUAAAAACGUAAAUAUUUCUACUAUAUGAAACCAUAA